UGGGGCACUACUGCCACAAGUUCGGCCCCGGCGAUCGCAGCCUCGUCGCCACAAGACUCAAUGGCAGCUUCGGUGACUAAAGACUCGCUCUUGUUUGAGGACGUUUUGGAGCGAUGCUGCGGCACCGGACGGUGGCAAGUGAUGCUGAUCGCCUACAUGUCGGUUAUGUGGCUCAUCUUUCCGACAUUCGCCAUGUCGAUGAUGUUUGUCGGAGCAUCACCGCCUUUCAAAUGCGCCGACGGUAUCGACGUGAACGCUACGUUCGCAUCGCUGCCGGACGAUUUGCCAAAGUGUCAUCCUCUGGGCGACAACAGCUCUUCGUGCACGCGCUGGGUUUUCGACAAGUCCAUGUACGAGUCGACCGUGGUGACCGAGUGGAACUUGGUGUGCGGCCGCAAGCCGAUGCUGUCGAUGCUGCAGUCUGUGCUGAUGCUGGGAGGGAUCGCCGGCGCACUGCUCGGAGGACAGCUAACGGACCGCUUCGGACGCCGACCCGUAUUCCUGCCUGUGAUGCUACUCGUGAUGGCCUGCUCCUUCUCCGCGGCGCUUGUGGGCGAUUACGUCAGCUUCGUCGUAAUUCGAGGCAUCACGGGCUUCUGUAUGUCCACCAUGAUUGCGAGCCAGUAUGUGCUGGUGACAGAGCUGAGCGGCUGCAAGCACCGGGCGGCACUGACGACCGUUACCUUCCUACCGUUCUCGUUCGGAACCAUGCUGGUGGCGGCAGCGUCGUACGGCAUCCGCACGCGCUGGCUGCUGCAGCUGGCGUUCGCCGUGCCCAGUCUGCUGUUCCUGCCCAACUUCUGGCUGAUGCCCGAGUCGCCGCGCUGGCUGGUGCUUCAGGGCCGCCUUGAUGAAGCGCUAGCCAUCCUACAUCAAGCGGCGCACUGGAAUCGUCGUAAGAUGCCCCCAGACGAAGAGGUGCUGAAACUCAUGGAGGAGGCGCGUAGGGGCCUGCUGGCCCGAGAAGCGGCCCUCAAGGGAACAAACAAGUCCUCCGCGCUUCAGCGAGUCCUGGACAUGGUGCUUACUAAGCGCAUGCGUAUCUACACGUUGGUGACAUGCUUUGUCAGCUUUGCCAUCGCAGGCUCGUACUUCGGCAUCUCGUUCGAUAUAACGCAGCUGAGUUCAAGCCCACAUUUGGCUGUGGCUCUGUCGGGUUUGGUGGAGAUCCCGGCCGCCUUUGUGUAUCCCCUGAUGGACAGAUUGGGACGUCGUCUGUCACAGUCGGGGUUUCUGCUAAUCACGGCCAUCUGCAUGUUCUCUACAUUCAUUAAGGAGGACAGAACACUUUGGACGGUGCUCGGGCUCAUUGCUAAGCUCGGUGUUACGAGUGCAUUUAACAUCAUAUGCAUCUACGUGUCUGAGUACAUGCCCACUCAGCAGCGGGGUCUGGCUAUGGGCAUCAUGCAGACGGCGGCGCGGAUCGGCGGCGCCGUAUCUCCGUUCGUGGUGGACCUGGUGAGCGGCCUGCACGAGCUGGCGCCGUCGGCCGUGUUCGGCGCCGUGGUGCUGCUGGCCAGCCUGGCCACCCUGCUGCUGCCCGAGACGGCCGGACAGCCCAUGCCCGAGACGGUGGCAGACGUGGAGGAGGCGUACCGACGGCGGAAGGCCGCCAGCGCGCCCGCCGACCGCAAACUGAGCGGCGUCUGUAACGCGGCCAUGCAGCCAGACGGGGCACUAUGAUGGAUCACAGAGUAGUAAUUUUUACCGCACCUAGAAAGGU